GUGUUAUUUUUGGCCACGUGGAUAAAAAAUAAUGGUAACUUCCCCCUCCCCCCUUUAUUUUCUCUUCCUUUCUUCAUUUUGAACGUUAAACUCCAUUGUUGCCAUAGCUUCAAGAAAAAAAACUUCAAAUCUGUGCGAUGGAUUCUAGUGAGUUCAAAUCGGAGUUGAACAAUCUUUGUACUGAAAAUGACGAUCCAAAGAUGAAGCGUCAAGUGCGAUGCCAACACGGAGUAUUAUUAAAAAUGCAGAUUUCUUGGUCUCGUAAUAAUCCCGGAAGAAGAUUUUGGACAUGCCCAUUCUAUGGGGAUAAGAAAUGUAAGUUCUUUGAGUGGAGGGAUGAUCCUAUUGAUGAAAGGUCUAAGUUUGUUAUUCACAAAUUGAUUAAGAAAAUGGAAGAGCAAGCAGUGGAAUUGAAGAAGAAAAUGGCGGAAGAAGUUGGUUUGACAAAGGAAAUGGAAGAAGGAGAGUCUUCUUGCAUUGAUGGAGUUAUUGGUAAUGACAAUAGUGAAAUGGCCAUCGGUAAUGAGAAUGUCACUACAAAUGAAGAGAUGAAAGUGUUAAAGGUUGAAGAAGAGAUGAAAGUGUCAAAGCUUGAAGAAGAGAUGAAAGUGAUGAAGCUUGAAGAAGAGAAGAAGGGUAGAUGCUUUACUAUUAACAAGUUUUUGUUUUUGUGUAUGUUCUUUGGUGUUGUUAUUUGGUUUAUUUAGUGUUCUUGAACAAGCAUUACCAAUGUCGAUUGCCAUAGUAGGAUUACAUGUUUGUAUGUUGAAGGAUGUUUAAGUGAUUGUUAUUCACUUUAUGUUUGUAAGUUGAAGGAGUUUCUUGUCAUGGAUGUUCAAUCAAAAAGUUGACUUC